GAAUGGGGACAGUAGGGAAUGCCCAGUAAAUGCAGCUGCCGAUAACAGCACACAUCAGCAGCGGCACUGAAAUCAGAAGCACACGCUCAGUGCAGAGGAGAGGAGAAGGAAGGGAAGGAAGGAGGGGAGAAAAAAAAAGUGCACCAGCACAGGGCUGAGACUCUGAGAUACAGAAAGCAAGAUUGUGCCGGCUCAGCACAGCUCAGAGAAGAAGAGUGCGAGGAGGAGGUGUGGAAGUUGUGGCAACUCUGACACACACUCGCUGGACACAGGUUGGCUUCUGGGCUUCAUAACGAGUGAUGAGCAAGAGAGUGUAAACCCACGCUGUUCCUGUGGCAUCUCUUUCCAUUAGACUUUUGUUCCUGAUUAGUGUGUGUAAGAAACUCUCUGCUGGGAGACACUCUUUCAGGAGACACUUUUUGGAGCUUCUUGCCUGGUUACUCUGAGAGACAUGGUAGAGUAUGAUCUAGAUAGCAAAGCUUCAGCCCCAGAGCAUGGAGAAGUCAAGUAGUGAGGAGUCUGCUAUCCACCGUAGCCCGUCUGUGGACAGUUGCGAUUCGGACUUUGCCCGUGCGUCCAGCUCAGGUCGUCCGUUCGGAGGACGAGGCUUCACCGCUGGAGCUUUCUACGGCUCCACGGGGCGCAAACAGAGUGGCACUGACAACAAGGACGCCAACAAACCGAGCACUUCCAAAAGCAGCAAAUACGUGGUCUUUUACCUGGAUCUAUCCUUUGUGUUCCUUUUAGAAUUCAAGAAGUGCAACAUGGCUAGUGGCUUCCUGUGCUGCUUGAAAUACACAAUGUUCCUCUUCAACCUCAUCUUCUGGUUGUGUGGCUGUGGACUGCUGGGCGUAGGGAUCUGGCUGGCAGUGUCGCAAGGCAGCUUUGCCACCUUCUCACCCUCCUUCCCCUCCCUCUCUGCUGCCAACCUUGUCAUCGCUAUAGGCGCCAUUGUCAUGGUGACCGGCUUCCUUGGUUGUCUAGGUGCCAUCAAGGAAAACAAGUGCCUGCUCCUGAGUUUCUUCAUUGUCUUGCUGAUUAUUUUGCUGGCCGAGCUGAUUUUGCUCAUCCUUUUCUUCACAUUCUCUGAUAAGGUCAGUGAGAAUGCCAAGCAGGAUCUGAAAGAUGGCCUUUCUCUGUACUACUCAGAAAACAACGUUGGACUAAAGAACGCUUGGAAUAUCAUCCAAGCCGAGUGGAAGUGCUGUGGUGUGACUGGGUUUACAGACUGGCACGAGGCUCUGAAAGAGAAGGUGGUACCUGACCGCUGCUGCCAGGAACACUAUCAGGACUGCGGCCGCAACGUCACCAACGAGUUCUGGAAGCGGGGUUGCUUUGAGAAGGUGGAGGAGUGGCUGGAUGAUAACAAGCACCUGCUCGGCACUAUCGCUAUGUGUAUCUUGGUCGUCCAGCUCCUGGGUAUGGCCUUUUCCAUGACGUUGUUUCAUCAGAUCCACAGAACAGGGAAGAAGUACAAUGCCUAGCCAGGAUUCAGUACAGACAGAGGCUUAUGGAACUGAUUCUGGAAGAAAAGCUCCUUUACAUCUCCUACAUCCCCUAGCCUUAUCUCCUGUUCUCCUCAAACGACUCUGUACAGACAUCAGCCAUGCGUCCCUUUUCUUCUUCUUUCUCUUCUCUCUCGUGAUACCACUCAUCUGCCAAAGAGAAAGAGAGACAGAGAGGAAGGAAUUUAAACUCUUUGGCCAAGAAGUACUGUGCUGGCUGUUUCCCUUUCCCUACUCCUUUAGAACCUUUUUUUAUGUAUGCUUGGACUAACAAUUGCAGGAAGGCGAAUAUCAUGACAACAAUAAACGGCAUUGCUCUACUAAUGUAUAAUUCCCAUCCUGCAAAGGAAAGGAGAAGAUCUAGAAGACUAACCAUGCCAUCCUUUGGGUGGUGUGCUUUUUAAAUGUUAUUCAAAUUCCCUCGACAAUGAAAAUGACAAAAGCUUUCAUCCUGGCCUCGGCAGUUUUCAGCUAGGUGGAAACCGCUGUCAUUUCAGUGGACGAUUAUUUCUUUUGUUUUGUUUGUUUUUUUUUCUCAUUUUGUACCCCGGUCCUUUAAUUCUCAUCGUUAUGCAUCAGAGGAUUGAAGUGUUUCCUGAGUUAGCUGAGUAGGACUCUGGGUUGCUGUGGAUGGUCAGAGAAGGGCUUGGUGUGUUCUAACUACUCAUAAGCACAGAUUUAUACUGAAUGGUUCAGGUAAGCGGAUUCAAGUAAGUUGGAAAAUUCAGGUGUGGGUUGAGUGUUACAUCGGGAUGUCAGACAACUGCGGAUGUUUCUCCUUGUCCCUCUGUGUUCAAAUAACCUGAUACACAGUCAUAAUGCACUGUCUAAAGUACAGAUGGAUAGCAAUCUGUUUAAUACUAUUUUCACAUUAAUAUUUUAGAGCCAGUGCUGUACAGUAGUUGUAAUAGUGAAAUAACAAGUGAAGUUUGCUUCAUGAACAGUUACUCCACAUUCAGAGCCAUGAAAAACGCACACAGAGGCACAUUGACUAAAGCUUAGAAAGCAGCCUCCCUGCACCAUUGAUCAUUAGAAGACAAGGGUCAUACAUUCUUUCUGCUUCUGUAUACCUGAGCACUUCAUCCAAUGUUUUUUCCUCAUUCUUAUCAUCUAUUCAUUUUCCCCCCCAAGCAUUUUCAAGGCUAAGAUGUGCCACAGAGGUCAAAGUAGUUUCUAUUUCAACUGACAUUCCUGUUAGAUGAGCUGGUUUUGUAUUCGUAACUUCAAUUCAAAUACAGCUCUAGCAACUAAAUCUGUUCUGUCAUCUCUGCCUUCUUCGCCCUAGAGCUGAGAAAAAGAUCAACGACAGCACUUUUAGCUCACGGUUUUGUAGGAUUUAAUUGCUGUCCAGUAGAACCAUCAAUUGUUUUGCCCAGACUGCAAUUGUUGUCUGACAUUCUGGCAAAAAGAGGGUCAUCAGCCAUCUUUUAUCCAACCCAGGACACAGAUAGCAUACCGUUCUCCUAAAGUCUUUGAAAAGUGCAGGUUGUGCUGAUAUAAAAAAAAAACACCACUCAUUUAAUUGGGCAUCAGUUGAGACUGCUGUUUACUGUAGAUUUGGAAAAUUGGUUUUAUACAAUCAGGGACCAGAGGUGGUCAGCAGUUCAGAUUUUCAUCCUAGAUAUGCAGAAGAAUGGACAAAAUUGGUAUUCUGCUUGGGAUGAGUAUAGAACCGCUGUCACUAUGCAUUGCUGCUAUGUGAGAUGUUGUUUGAGGUUCUUAAGAGGAUAAGGACGUGAGGAGAAAGAAAGAACUAUUGCUAAGAAACAGUGCAGACUCUAAAACAAUAACUCUUGCUUGCUAACACCUAGCGGAUAUUGGGACGGAUUGGGAUUGGUGCUGAAAUGGAGCUGAAAUCACUGCAGACUAAAAGCCGCACUAACAGAGGCAAAAGAGUAACACAGAGCUGCGUGGCACAAGGUUCCUUUAGCCUCAAGUCAUGGUUUUAUAUGUCAAAAAAUAUAUAUAUUACUUGGAAUGUGUGUGGUUUUUAUGCUUCAUUCUGAAAACUGAACUGUUAACAUGCUCAGUCUUUUACAUGGUGGGUUAUUGAUUUCCCACUGAUGGUUUGUGAAGGAGUUAGGGCAUAUAUCAGCUCUUAUUGUAAUUUUACCUCCACAAUAGUGAACAUGUUAUCAUGAAAACAAGAGAUAUGACAUUACGCAAAACUGAAAUGUGGCCACAAGAGGUUUGAAUUUUUUUAAAAAUAAUUUAGCCUUUACUGCCAUCCCACACUCAGUGUUUUUCCUCCAUAUCAUCUCAGUUCUGACUGUGGAAUAAUGAUGCAUGUGUUUAAUGACCUUGAUGAUGCUUAUCUUUAUCUUUUUGGUUUGCUUUAAAGUAUAAGGAAAGCUUUCUGUAAUAGCUAACUGCACAAGGGGAAACAAAAUGUUUUACUUUAAAGCAAGGGUUAUUUCAUUUUUGCAUUUUUCAUUUAUUUUUUUGUUUGUUCUCAUGUCUGUCUGUUUUUAUUCCAUAUGCGGUAUUCAUUAUUGUAUUCUGUCCUGUAUUCGUUUUCUUUAAAUCCGAGUUCAGCACUAUGUGAAGAAAAUUGGUAUCAUUUGAAUUGUGAAAAGGCGGCAGUUUAAUUGCCUUAAUAUAAUCUGUUGGGCUUUCACGUUGGGGCCUAAUACUAGAUGCGCAUUCAAAAAGUGUUGACAAAUGACUGUAUUUCAAAGUUUGGUAUUUCUGAGUGUACAAUAUGAUUUGAAGCCAAUGUACCCAUCAUAAUCUGUUCUAAACGAUGUCUCUUUACUGAGCCGUUCUUCACACUGUGCUAAGCUCAAUAUGUAGUUAGUUCAUCAUCUGAUCUCAAUCUGAUUAUUACUGCUCUAACCCAGAGACAUACUACACAAAAAGGUUUGGCUUUUCUGAUUGUACAUUUUGUUUAGUCAUUUUCUUAAAUGCCAAUGAAACUAAUUUUAUAUCCGUUUUUAUUUCUAUUAGCUUUUUUUUUUUUUUACUUGUCAGUUUGAGAGCAUUAGGUAACUCUGUUUUGUCCAUGUUGCUGUUUAUAUCCAUAUGUGAGAAGAAGCAUUAUAUCAACAGUUCUAAGUAAUCGUUAUAUAACUUGUCCACAUGUUCCACUCUUUCUUUGAAGCACUGCCAGUAAAUGACUAAUUUGGUUAGAUAUACGGGAUUUGGACAACUCAUUUCUGUCAUAUCUAUAUUUUUGUAUUAAUGUCCUGACCCAGCGCUAGGCUAUGUAUCAGAGUUGAGGUUUGAGCUCCUGAUUUGAGGUGUUUAAUGUCAUGGUGUCUUGGCACAUCUAAUUUCAUGCCAACCCAAGUUUGUCCUGUGGAGUUUUUGCUACAUGUAAAGCACUAUAAAUAUCUAUGUUAGGUGGUGCACUAAAUGUCAUUCUUUAAAUCCUAGUAUUUUUUAAAUAAAGGAGAGUGUGUCGCAAAAUUCUGU